AUGCAGAGACUCAAAGGGAACCAGAUGCACCGGUCAACAUGGGCGUUUACGGGUCUAGCAGCGAUGGUGCUGGUCCAUCUGAACCGAGAGGCGAGCAGGUUCUGUCGCUCCUUCUAUGCAUUAUGGGCGGUCCUCAACUAUUUGUUGCUGGCCACAACGUGUGGAGCCUACCACCUGAGAAAAAAAGGUCUACGGCUGAGUAACCCCUGGUACGUAUAUGUCGUGCUUGCCGUACUGGACGUGGAGGCCAACUUCCUGGUGACUAAGGCCUACCAAUACACCUCCGUUACCUCCGUCACCCUCCUGGACUGCUUCACAAUUCCAGCCGUCAUGGCGUUGUCCGUACUGCUGCUCCGAGCCCACUUCACCCGGGGUCACUACGGGGGUGCGUUGCUGUGUAUUGCCGGACUUGCCGUACUGGUAAUGACGGACGGGUCAUCCACCACCGGGGGUCCUCAACCCCUACUGGGCGAUGCGUUGGUGCUGAUGGGCGCGGUGUUGUACGCUUGCAGCAAUGUGGCUCAGGAGCGGCUGCUCCUCGGGGCGACACCGGUUUCGGAGCUUCUGGCGCUGGUGGGCAGUUGGGGAACGCUCCUGGGGGGUCUGCAGGCUAUCGUGCUGGAGCGCAACGCCUGGCUGGCGGCCGACUGGAACGACCCAUGGGUCGUGGUGGCGCCGCUGGUGGGAUUUGCCCUGGCGUUGUACACCUUUGCCUUGCUACUGCCGCUGGUGCUGAUGUGGGGCGGCGCAACCGUCCUCAACUUGUCGCUGCUGACCAGUGACGUAUGGGCUGCCGGCGCGCGUGUUGUGUUUUUCGGGGGUUUCGGCGGCACGGCCGGCUGGUUUACGGUCUCACUCGCCUGUGGAACUCUCGGCCUGGUGCUGUACGCACGUGCAGGUCAAACACAUCCACAUCCAGAGCCGCCUCAACAUCCGCACGUCCCUUGGAAUAGUGACCCACGGGUCGCUAGUGGCGAUGGUGUACGGAAUCGUGGUGGUGGCGGCGGCGAUGUCGAUGGUGUCGAGGCGGGGAUGCCGUACCAGCGUAUCGGCUCUUUUGGGAUUGAGGGGGAGGGACAGGGAUGCAGAUUAGGGGAUCCGGAGGCGGUUAACGGUUGGCGGUUGGAGCGCAACGGUGGAUCCGAUGAUGUUGAAAAUAACAGCAGUAAGGCGACGGCGGUGCGCGGCGACUCCGUGUCGCGGUACGGCGUUGGUUCUGCUGGCCGAGGGUACGACGUGCAUGCGUCAGCGGACGAGAGGCGGCGGUUAGUGGAUUUGGAGGCGGUUGGGGAGGAGGUGGAGGAGGUGGUGUUUAGGGCAGGUGCGGGGUGUGAGGGCGAGGGCAAACGCGAUGAGGAGCGCUUAACAUGA